GUACUCUUUCGUCCCAUAACACAUCUUUUGCGUUAUAAAUUUAACGGUCAAGUUUGUACAUCAUCAUCAACAACAACAACAACAAAUCCUCUUCACACAAUCUCCCUCCCUCUCAAAAUCACAAAACACACCCACAAAAUUUUGUUUCCUAGUAUUGAUUUUGUUCACCACUUCACUUAAUUCCUUAGUCCAUAGAGUCAUUAUUAUUAUUAUUACUUUAUAUUAUUUGUUACUUGUUCCUUGUUAGUUACUAUAUAUUAUUACUACAUAAAUUAGAGCAACAUGAAGAACAGAACAUCAGGGUUUCUGAAGGAGAUCAUAGCAAAUCUGAGCUCAAUGGCAAAGUCAAAAACCAUGGCGUUGAAGUCCAAAACAAACGCGAUAAGGGCUCGUUUGAUCGUAUUCUCACUGAUGAAGAACAAGAAGUUCUUGAUGAGUUCCCUCUCUGAGAAGUUCCAUUCUGUGUGGGGGCAAAGUUCAUCAUCUCAACAACAAAAGGAAGAUCAUUGCUUAUUGGAAGAUGGCAUCAGCAAUGAUGAUCAUCACCAAAAAAGCAAGGCCAUAGUGUUGUACAACAGCAAUGCACACUCAUAUGAAGCCUUGCCAAACCCUAGUGAAACCCUAGUGGUGGAGGAGGAACAAGACCAAGAUGAUGGCUUUGAUGGUUACUACAAUUAUGAUUGUGAUGAUGAUGAUGAAAAGUACCCGGAUCUCACACACACACUUUUUGAGUCUGAGGAUUUGGAUCUUGGAGGGUCAGUGAUUGAUUUGGUGAAGAAUUCUAAGGAAGAGGCAGGGAAAGAGUUUAAGCUGGAGGAUGAGAUUGACCUUGCUGCUGAUCUUUUCAUUUUGAAGUUUAGAAGGCAAAUGGUGUUGCAGAAGCAAGAGUCAUUGAAGAGGAAGAGGGAAAAUGCUUGAAAAGGUUGCAUGAAGUUCCUGAAGCAUGAUUUGGUUGGUUAUUACUUAUUUAUCUAUCAUGGUUUGGCUCAACCACAAUUAUCUCCCUUUGUUACGGUUUUUUUUCCUUCUAGAAUAAGGGAGACCAGCAGCCAGAGCUAGUUUGGUUAAUUAAUUUCUAAGAUAAAUUAUGGUACUUAAGUGGUUUAAAGACAAGAACAAUUAAUCCAGAACUGACCAGGGUGAAUGGAAUAUGAAUUUUGUUCUUUACAUUUUUUUGUUUUUCUUUUUAAUUUUUACUAUUGGAUGGUGCCAUAGUGUGCAAAAUAAAAGAAAGAGAACAAAAAUUGGAAAAAAGGUUUACUUGUAGAUGUUGUAUUGGUAAAGCACUAAUGUUGGUGUUGGCUCCAACUCUGUCAAUCUGCAACCAUUGCAGCCAAUUGAUGUAUAUUCAUAUUAUCAUAUAUAAAUUAAAUUCUGACA